AUGUUGUGGUCGCAACUAGCAUUAGCUAGCGUUUUGUCAACAAUGUCUGAGGACCUGUGAAUGAUAAUGAUUCAUUCGUUUUACUACAUUGUCUAACUGACUAUCAGGCUACGUGGGCUCAAGAUGUCUGAGGAGCACUUAGUGACGUCAGAGGAGCAGACUGUGUCUUUGGUGGAUGUCUUGCAGGAGGACCAGGAGCUGCAAGAAGAAGCUUCUGCUGUGUUGGCCGGAAGUGACUCAGAUCACUGCUCCUAUCCUCAGGGUUAUGUGAAGCGUCAGGCUUUGUACGCUUGCAACACAUGCACGCCAAAAGGAGGCGAAGCAGCUGGUGUGUGUUUGGCGUGUUCGUACAAAUGCCAUGAAGGUCACGACUUGUUUGAGCUCUACACCAAGAGGAACUUCCGCUGUGACUGUGGAAACAAGAAAUUUGCGGAUGUGCGAUGUAAACUCUUUACUGACAAGGAGGAUUUCAACACUCUGAAUAAAUACAGUCAUAACUUCUUUGGAGAGUACUGUACUUGCCGUCGGCCGUACCCUGACCCAGAAGACCAGGUUGAAGACGAAAUGAUCCAGUGUGUGUUAUGUGAGGAUUGGCUGCAUGGUCGGCAUCUGGGCUGUGAAGUUCCAGAUUGUGUAGAGCUGCAGGAGAUGAUCUGUGAGUCAUGUAUGAACAGAAACAUGUUCUUGUGGUACUAUGCCGAUCAUAUCGCAGUUGCAGGUCCUGCAGUUGAGUCAGAGUUGAAGGAGACAGGAGCCCACCUGGAUCGGUCUGACAAGGUGGAUGACGUCGCCGAGCCGAGCUGCAAAAGAGUUUGUCAGGAGGAUCCUAGUUGCAGAAUGAAGCAGCUUCAGGCGACGGGUGUUAAGCGGGCCCGGUCUGGAGCGGUAUUUUGGCCGUCGGGGUGGCGUUCAAAGCUGUGCCGCUGCAGCGCCUGCCAGGGAAGUCUGUCAGAGGCAGGUGUCUCCUUCCUGCUGGAUGAGUUGGAUACUGUCCUUGCUUACGAGGACAAAGGAAAGAGUGAGGAACAGUGCGAACAAAGUCACGACCCUCUGAUGUCAGCGCUAGACAACUUGAACAGAGUACAGCAGCUGGAGAUCAUUCACGGAUACAACGACAUGAAGAGUGAACUGAAAGACUUCCUGCAGAGGUUUGCUGCAGAAGGAAAGGUUGUGACAUCUGAUGACAUUCGGCAGUUCUUCGAGCAGCAGCAGAGUCGCAAAAGAAAUCAAGUCGAUGGACGCUUCUACUGUGCCUGAUGCCCUUUGACCUUCACCAGAUGUCCUCUUGCUGCCCCAUCACAGUCUGUUUAGUGUUUUGUCUUGAUGAACAAUGCUUGUUGUUCACAUUUCAUUUCAGGGGUUAAAGGUCAGUGACAGUGAUGCUUUUUUUAAUGAAAAAUAAAAACUAGUCUGCGCCAGUGAAGUUUGUAUGCAUGUGUCGUCUGUUUACUACCAAUGUUUUUACCUUAUACUAGGGCUGUCAAAGUAAACGCUUUAACUCUCGCGAUUAAUCACAAAACAUUGCAUUAAUCGUGUAUAAAUGUAGAUUAAUCACGCAAUUUAUUUUGACCGCACAUACUCAUUUACCUUAACCUCUGAGGGUUACCUGAAAGUGUGUUGUUAUACGGUCAGUGAUCAGGUCAGUGCAAAGAUGAGUGAGGAUCAGACUGUUUAGCUCAAUGGUAAAGUUCAGCUCAAAAUAAACACCCUAUGGUAUUUUAGAUAAAAUUGUUAGCAAGUUUUUAACAGAUAAAAAAUAUUCCUGUAUAACAUUCUGACAAUAAAAUUGCAUUU